CCCAUGUAUUCUUUUUUAAUUUUCCUCGUAUUCUCAUUUGUAUUGUCUAUCAAUUUUCCUUCUAAUUCUUUAAACCAUUUAGGAAUUUUACCUUUUGUACUUACUCCUAAUUCUAUGCACAUUACAUCUUCGAUGAACAUUACUUUCUUGUUUCUUCUCGAGAGCGCACUUUUCAUAAUAUUUUUUUCAUCAAUUAAUUCAAUAAUAUCUUGACCACCGCCUUCUAUUAAAUGAUUUCUAUUAAUAUUAUUAUGUAAUUCGUGAUCGCAAAUAUUAAUAUUUUCAUUAUUCAAUAAUUUAAUUGCUUCAAUUAUCCAAUUAUUCUUGGUUUUAUAUAUUAAAUUCAAGUCGC